GAGUUUAAAGUUUCGGAGACUCGCCAGAACACAACGACUUGGAUCAAACCAGCCUAAAUGGCAAGAAGAGUAUUUCUGCUGCAUGGAGAAAGCCGUUAAGCUCCUGCUAAACUAUCUCCUUUUUGUGCGUCCAUGCACCCGACUAUCCUCCUCCAUCCCAGACCAGAGAUUAUUUCUAACGAUACUUCGAAAGCUUGGAGAUUUAUGGCUGGAAAAUGAAACGGCGCUGGAGUAUGGCCACAUCAUUAUCGUGUCGCAUGGUACCAGAUGGGCAGUCAGUGAAUGGCGCAGGGAUGUGACGGACAGUUUUAUAAUGUGAUUUUUCCCCCCAUAAAGCUAAAACAGACUUCAUUUCCCUCUAUUUUCUUUUGGUCUCUGGUACUUGCAUGUUCUCCCUCUCUGCAAUACCAAUUAACUCAACUUUGCAGUCGAGUGACCAAAAAGGAAGAGGAUGAAUUAGUCUCUAUAAUCUUGGUAAGAGUCAGAGGUGUUACGCGAUCAGGGAACAGCGGCUGGGACCUGCCGAGUCCUGUGCAGACUGCAGGGCUGACACAGCGAAGGCGGUUAUGGAGCGGAUGGCGCACUAGAUCAGCAGAGGAUAGAGACUCGGGCAGCAGGAGGGGUCUGCUGGUCUCACAGCAGACUUCUGGAGGCCGCUGCUGCCUCUCAUCCACAACAUUUUACUACCAUUAUCACCGUUCUUGAAAAGUCAUGGAAGACGGGGCGCUGCCAGACCUCAGAGACAUAGAGCUGAAGCUGGGACGCAAAGUACCGGAGAGCCUAGUGCGCUCGCUCCGUGGGGAGGAGCUGGUUCCCCUGGAAAAAGACAGGGACCCCUGCGGGGGGAGCAGUGGCAGUGGCGGUGGCUGCAGUAGCAGUAGCAGCAGCUGCAGCUUCCCUCCCUCCUUGCCGUCCUCCUCUUCAUCUUCCCCAACCUCAAGCUCCCCACGAAGACGUAGCCACUCCAGCGCCUUGGAGAGGCUGGAAACCAAGCUUCACCUCCUCAGGAAAGAGAUGGUUAAUCUCAGAGCCACAGAUGUCAGGCUCAUGCGCCAGUUGCUCAUUAUCAAUGAGAGCAUUGAGUCCAUCAAGUGGAUGAUUGAAGAGAAAGCCACCAUCACGAGCCGAGGCAGCAGUCUCAGCGGCAGCCUGUGCAGUCUAUUGGAGAGUCAGAGCACCUCCUUCCACGGCAGCUACAACAGCCUACAUGACGGCAGUGAUGGGCUGGAUGGCAUCUCUGUGGGGAGCUAUCUGGACACUUUGGCAGAUGAUGUCCCAGGCCAUCAGACCCCAUCGGACUUGGACCAGUUCAGCGAUAGCUCCAUAAUAGAUGACUCCCAGGCACUGCACAAGCAUCCCAAAUUGGAUUCUGAAUACUACUGCUUUGGCUAAUGACCCAGUUUUUUGCAUGGGAUUGGUGUGCAAUUAACUAGUAUUUAUCUUUCUUCUCUGCUGCUAUAUUUUUGGUGUGACUUUUUUUACAUGACAACCUUUAAAAAAGAAGCAUAUUUUGAAACUGCUUAAUAUUUCUGUUGCUCCUAACAUUUCUCAUCUGGACUGAUUUAUCUUUCUUUCCUACAUUUCUAUUUUUAUUUAUUACAAUGAUUUUUCUCCCUUCUUUUACAGUGGCACAGAUAAAGUAGGGGGGAAGAAUAAGCAAUAAUUAUGUUUUUGCUUUUGUUUUCAGAGCAAGGGGUCAGGGAUUACAUCAAAAACUUUGCUAAAUUUUACAAUAAACCAAAGUCUGAUAACAGCUAA